GCGGCGGCGGCGGCCGGGCCCCGGAGCGGCUUCGUGUCCUCAAACCCGCCUCGGGGGGGAGCCGAGGGGAGGCCCCGGUGCCUGGGGAGGAAGAGGAGGGAGGGAGGAAGGCCGGGAAGGAGGGAGAGGCCCCGCGGCUUCUUCCCCCGGGCCGGGCUGGCCCGCCCCGAGGGGUCGAUGCGAGCCCCCGGGCUGCUGGCUGAUGAGACCUCCGCGGGGCUGCCGGAGGCGCGGAGUCGUCGUGGGCACCGUCACCCUCUGCCUGGCCGCCGGGUGGGCUCUGCAGACCCCUGGAGGAGUAUCAUUAACUGUCCCACAGCCCAACAUCAACGCAACGGUGGCACAAAAUAUCCUCCUCUCGGUUGAAUACUCUUGCAGAGGCGUCGCCACCGUUGAGUGGAAGCAUGUGUCGAGCUGGGGCACCACCAAAAUUGUGGAGUGGAAAAGUGGGAAUUACGUUAACAUAUCCGCUGUCUACAAGGACAGAGUGACUAUUUUUGAAAAUGGCUCUAUACAGCUUCUGAACGUGGGCAUGAGAGAUGCUGGCUACUAUUUUGUCACUGUCACAGAGGAGCAUGGAACCAACACCUACGGCGCCAUCAUAGUCAAUGUUUAUGAGCUUAUCUAUGAAGAUAUACAUUUUGUAGCGGUUCUCUUUGCAUUUCUCGCUGCAGUAUCUGCCAUUUUGAUCUGCUUCAUGUGGCUGUGUAAUAAAUCCCUGCACCUAUUCCAGAAGACGACACAUAAGCUCUCAGCAAGUACAACUGAAGAGAUUGAACUGGAAACCAUUGAAUGUUAGCCAAGGACUGUCUCAUAACAAAAAUAACAAUUCUACCUCAGGAGAAAGUAUUGGCAAGGAAAGCAAGAAGAAACUUACUUUAAGGUAAAGUGUCUGUGACUACUGUAGAAGCUGUUUGGCUUGCAAAGCUAAUAGGACAUGAAAUGAGCUGCGUCUGAUGGAGCUGUUUUGACCUGUUACAUUUUCAGCUCUGCUAGUCAUUGUCAAAGUAAAAGAGUAUGCUUUCAUGGCUGAGCACAAACACAUUUUUGUGGCUAACUAAUAAAAUCUACAGCCUCUGCCACUCUUAAAAACAACCAACCAACUAGUAUCAACCCAUAAAGGAAAUGAUCAUGCUCUUGAAGGACGCCUGCAUUUUGGCUACGGCAAGUAUCCUGCUAUAGACCAACCAGCCAUUAGGAUCAUUCAACGUAAAUUUAUUAUGUCUAAUUACAGUAUUACAUUAAAAAAAAUUAACUGCAAGGAUUGAAUCCUGUUUAUUGUGCAUAUGCUGCUACUUUCAGUCAUAAGGAAUUUCCUGAAGGUCUGAACACAAACUGUAAUUCUUCUCGAGACAAAACUGACUUUGAAAUAACGCCAAGCUGGUCAAAGUUCCGCCACUUACAUUUCCAAUUGUUUGCAUUGCCCAGGGAUAUUAACACACAUUUUAUUACAUUACUAGGAAAGGUUGUUAAAUGGGGAACUGCACACAGGCACUGAAGCUGACGCUGUCUGUAACAAUUAAAGUGGGCAGAUAAAAUACGUAUCACACCUGUGGCACGGCAGAAAUAUCGUACAGUUUCCUUGUGAAAGAUGUCGAGCCCUUUGCAAACUGAGCCCACUGAUGAACAGCCUAUCUAGGAAGAAAAAUUAAAACAACAUUACUUUGAAAUUUAGUGUUUACAAUUACAGUUCUGAAAUCACUCUAGUUAAGAGAAGACGCCUUUGUUUUCCUAUUCUGUGGAAAACACAAAGUAAGCUAGCUAGUGUUUGCAUGAAUCCACAUGCUGCAUUUGAAUUCUCCACCUGCAGAUCCUCUGUGUGGAAUAACAUUUGCUUUUGUGAGCAGGAAAGCACUAAACUGAUGAAUCUUCAAAUUACCCCGUUUUGCUCUUGUAAAGCAGUGUGAAAUAAACAUUGAAAAUGUAAGAGACUGCAGGCUAAUCUCUGUCUACAGAUGCCACAUGGCUUCUUGAGUUUAACUGCUGCUACUGCCUCUCACACUUCAGCUCAUUCUCCUACAACUUUUACAAGUCAUGCUGACAGCUUCCCCUCCCUCUGCUCAAGGACUACUGUGCUCAGGUGCAGAGGUUAGACCCAUAAAAACAAAGAAUCUCUUGCCAAGUGCAUAAUAAAGCAGAUAGGUGCUAAAACAGCUUUUUCCAAAGCAUCCUGAACACAAUACUUUUGAGAAGUCAGCCCUGGAUUGAACGGGCCAUUUGUAGUACGAGGGGCCUGACAUCCACUCAUAAAUUCACAUGCUAGAUUCAGCUAACUGCUCUUUCCUUCAUCAAGGAGGAAAGAAACUAAAACUAAAAUUAAAUUAAAAUCCCAGCUACAGCACAGUUUUGUAAAGGAACAAUUUGUUCCAAUUCUUCAUGUUAAGUAUGUAUUUAUUACCAGUCUUAUGUAUCUUUGAGUGAAGUAAGCAUUGAUUUCACAGAAGCUAGAAGUGUCUGCUUUAACUACCAAGCUUGCAGUACUCAGUAAGGUAUCCAUAUAGCAUAUGGAAUAUACGUAUUUUUUUUCAGUUUAUCUAUUUCAGGUUAUUAUUUUUCAAUCCCUAAAUCUUAGAACUUGAAGUUAUUCGCUAAGCUGAGCAUAUAGCAGGUGCAUUGCCAGACUUGCUUAGAAAGUACAGUUAAGUGCAGCUUACAUGGCAAACCAUUAUUAUCUACUAACAUUUACUUGAAUAAUGUAAUUGUCAGCAAAAUUGUCAGCAAAAAAGUCAGCAAACAUAUGCAGGCAUAAAUGACCUUUUGAAUUCAUUGCUCUAAUCAGUGAGAUUGCUCUCACUUCUAAACUACAAUACUGGAAAGUUAGUGUAGAAGUAAUAAGUGACCAUUUAAAAUCCUUACAAUUUAGAUGUGCUGUAACAGCAGUAUGAAGUUUCUGACUAGUGUGGUUCUACCUCUCAGCUUGGCUAAAGAUAAAGCAAUUUCAGGCACCCAUCCUUGGUUAUUGGUGCUGCUGCCACCAAGCUCACUUUUAAGUAGCGAUAUCCUAGAUGAACAAGAGGGAUUCAAGAACUAUUCAGUGAUCCCAUACAGCAGUUAGCGUAUGCACUGCUUUGCUCCUUGACAAUUCCUUGGUGGAAAAGUUUAUCCAAAAUAUAGCAUAAUUAAAGGUAGUGUAACAUAAUUCAAAUUCUGUGAAACUGGUAUUUGUCAAUAUGCGUUAUCCACGUCAAUAAUAUUUUAUCUACAAAACGUGAGGCUGUUUGGAGCAGUCCCUUGCUACACAGGGAGCGGCUGAAGAAUUUAGUUUUACUGCAAGCUUUUAAAAAUGGAAGUUUAGAAAUUAAAUAGCAACUCUUAUUCCAUUCAUAAACUGCAUGCAAAACUGCAGCAAAAGCUAAUACUUAGAACAUUCCAAAUGAUCAAAGGGAUUAAACCAUUUUACAUUUAAACUUUUUAAUUAAAGAGAUGUCCAAGUUCUUAAGAUUGCUUUGGCAAUCAAGUGUAAAGGUCUUAACCAUCCAUUAAUGUCUCCAUCUCAUGCUUAAAGACAUACUACCAAAAAUUUCAAGACUGUCUCUGUUGUUAGAAGUCGUAUCAGUCUGUUUUUUCAUUGGUGUUGAAUACACAGGGAUUCCUAAUUUGAAAAGACACUUUGAAGGUUUCAAAUCAUCUUGGAGGUUGUUUUUUAAUAACAGCUAAGCUUGAAAGUCUAGAAGUGAAGAUACUCAGCUGAUGUGUAAUGCUUACACUCCUGGAAUAGGAGAAAUGAUCACCUUGCACGUUGUUUUUAUUUUUUUCCCCUCCCAGAAGGAAACAUAUCCUGCAACCAUAAGAACCUAAUAGUUCCACAGUGAUUAUUUGGUAAUGAAGUGCUUGUUUGACAAAAAGACUACUGCUACAUGCAGACUUGUCAGUUUAAUUUAUCCGUAUACUUCACUGUUUUUAAGUUUCAUACACUCAUCUUCUAAUUUUGAUUGAAAGAUGUGUUGCAUUGCUAAAACAGCCUCAUUGCAACCAGAUGCGUGACAAAGGCAUCCAGCUGUGAGCUGAAGGGAACAAAACCCCUCUCUGCCUGUAAUCCUACAGCUUCUGCUAGCCAAGCAAUAUAGCAACAGGCAUCUCAGGUGUUGCAUAAGACUCGCUCAUCUCAAGAUCAAGACAUAUGUGCCAUUUUCAACCAUUUUUUUUUCCAUGAGUUAUCAAAGAAUUUAUGAGAAAACCCUUUUCUCUCCCACAGUUCAGUUGCACAGAGGCGAAUAUUUCGAUGAACUGCAGUAACAGUCUGUUCCACAAUGUAAAAUUCCAACGUAAGCACAGUGGCUGCUUUGGAUACACGCUGAACAGCAGCUUGCCCCAAGCAGUUGCUUAACACACAUUUCUAACAGCUAUUCCAUAUUGCUCAAGAACAUUACCAAAAUAACUGCUGUCACUACAGAAGUAAAAUGGUUUAAUUCAAGCAUAGCCUAUGUGCAGGAGUCCUCAUAUAUAUACGUACACCUCAUAACACAAUACGGAUUUAAGUCUAAACCAGCUUAUACAGACAGGUUUCAAAAAGACCUUUAGCAAUUAAUCAUCACACAAAAGAGCUCUGUGCAACACCUUAGUAGAAGCUUCAAGAAGGCUACAAUUACAACCAAAAA